AUGAUUCCAAUUGUUUUGCGUAUCUGGGCACUGGACUUUAACAGACCCCAUUUGUUGAAGGUGUCCUCGGCCACAGAUAUCACAUUUGAUGACAAAGUGUACUCUUUUGCAGCCAUUCACGACGAGCCCUCCAAAGAUUGGCAUAAGCAAUUGACCGCAAAAGGAGCCCUUAUUCUCAUCGGACCAACAGGAAGUGGCAAGACAACGACGCUCAAAGGACUCAUGGAAGAGUUUCUCCAGGAACCAAAUGCUACAGUGUCAGCGUUUGAAGUGAGCAGAAACAGCUGCUUUGUGGACUUGCUCGAUAACAAGGCACAGAAGAAGUACAUGAGCUCAAUUCCUGUUGAGGCUCAGAUAAAGCGAGUAAAGCUUUCCCCAAAUGUUAUGGGAACCUUGUUCUCCCUGCGAUUGACAGCACCAACCAAAGCCAACGCUCAAUCGAGUCGUUCGUGUAUGCUUGUAUCGCUCAAAUCAGCUACAAGAAACCUCACAAUUGUCGAUAUGAUGGGCAGCGAAAAGUACGAUUUGGCGGGUUCCUCCAAUACGUUUGCCAACUUGAAUGUGUCUGCUAUCACUCUGAUGUUGAUUAACCGCACUAGUACCAAGAGAUCUUCCAACCUAGUGACUAACUUGAUAUUCAAUGGAAUUCUGCUGACUAAAAACAUCAAGUUUGUUUUGCAUUUGGACAAGACAGGCGACUCAAGCCUUAUCAAAUCAGCACUUAAUAACAUCGCCGACGUAAUUCGGAGCUUCAAGUUUUCAAGGUCAGCAAAUAACGGCGUCAAACCUCCUACUAGACCAGACACUAAUUCAGUUCCUCUGUACGCUCGUCCAACCGCUUCAUCAGCAAGUCCAAGAAAGAAGCUAAUGAAAAGGCCUUUUCCAGGUUGUACAACAACAUUACCAACCAAGCAACCGAAGAUUACGAGUAAAACUGUUCCAAGUCAACGUCAUGCUCUUUCCAAGACCAAUUUGACGGAUAGGUUGAGAAGAACUUUCACAAGUGAGUCGAAUGCGUUGCCGAAGCCACUUGCAGAGCUUAAAGUUGAACUCGAAGGCGCCAAUGCUUCCAAUUUGCAAUUGAAGGAGAGAGCUGAUGAGCUCGAGGCCACAAUUAACGAGUUAAAGGAGACAAAUAUCAGGCAUGCGUCAGAGAAACAAAAGUACGAAGUUCAACUUGAGGAAAAGGAAGCGCAGGUGAAAAAGCUACAAAGUUUAGUGGCAGAGGCUCAAGAAAAGGAAAUUGAGCACAAAGAUGAGCUCUCAAGAUUACAACAGGAAGUUAAAGAGUCCUCUGAUGAAAAUGAAGAACUCCAGAACAGGCUUCAGGAGCAGCUUUCUAUAUUGAGCGAAAAAGGAGAAGAGCUUGUUCAGCAACUCAAUGACAAAGCAAAACAGAUUAACUGUCUCUCCUCGCAGCUUGAAGCAACCCGAAAAGAAGUGGCAGCUAAGGACAAAAUUAUAGAAAAUCUUGAAAAAGAGGUUGGAACCCUUGAGGGAUCAUUGCAAGAGAUAAGAAGGGAGCUGGACUCUCGUCUUGCCAAACUUGAGGAGGAGAGAGAUGAGCUUUCAAAAAAGCUCGAGACACAAUCAAAUCUUCACAAUUUGUAUACUCGGGAAACCGAAGAAACCAUUAGCAAGCUCUAUUCGGAAAUCCUGAAUUUGAACUCAGAUGUCGGGUCUACGGAGAAGGAACUUGUAGAGGCUAAAAAAGUGAAUGCCAAAUGCAUGGAACAGCUUAAUCUGGCUACAAACAAAGCGAACACCUUGACCCAACAAAUUAAGAAGCAAGAAGAGUCCAAUGCUUCAGCUCAGAAUUUCCUUCAGGUGAAGAUCAAGAACGCUGCAGAGGAAAAUGAGCGACUUCAGGCUGAUCUUGACAAAGCUAAAAUUCAAGAAAUGGAGUUGAAGAAACGUAACGAGGUUCUAGCUGAGGAGAAAACCGUUGUUGAGAAUUCAGAGGCUGGACAAAGAGCAAAAGUGGCUGAGUUAGAGGACCUUGUGGAGGAGCUCCAGAAGUACAAGUCCAAGUGUGAGUACCUAGACGGAACGUUGGCUGAUCUACGUACCCAAUCUCAAAGCGAGGAACUGAAGCUCAGGAAGCAAGUUGCCGAGUAUAAAGAGCAUAUCAAGAAGCUCACAGGGGAGCAUUCCAUCCCAAAAAUCAGCCCUCCCUCAUUCGAUAUCCACGAAGAUACUAACUACAAGACCUUUUUGAAGCAGAUGAAGAAAGCUAACAGGAGAGCUGAUGAGCCUCAAAGCAGUCCGCUCAAGGAAAGAAACAAUAUCGACCGCAAGCAGAAAAAGAGGCACUCACUUCAGAUUCCUGUGAAGGUGCUGACGUAG